UGGAACUCAUGCUCUCAAAUUCAGACGCCUUGGCUCCUGAUUUGCUCCUCAUCCCAACAUGAAGGCGGACACAAUUGAUCGUAUUCGUUGUAAGGCAGUAUUUGAACGUCUAUUUAGGCAUAACCCACCAAACCUCGACUCUCCGAUUCUCCGCUCCCCGCCUCUUCCAACAUUGCUCGGUGUGGCCAGCGGAUGCUUCAAGGGAGAUACUCGUAAUCCUGACAGCUCGUGCCUUGAGAGGGGCCUUCUCCUCCAUACCGCUGGUAUCCUUCACUGCCGUUUCUCGACGGUCAGGCGCUCACUGUCUGACAUCCUUGAUGCUCACCUCGGAAGUUGGCCUGGUGUCAUUUAUUCUGGCAGUCUCGCUUCCCAAUUAUUCUCUAGUAAGGCUCCAACCCUUUCAUCCGUUCCAGUCUAUCCAAUGGAGGAACUGGUACAUCGAUCUUCGAUGUUGAGCUGCAUCAUGAUCAAUAGCGUUUCUGUGUGCGUUUGCUUGCAGGGCGUGGUUUGGGCCUUGGCUCAUCGACAAGGACCAUCGACUGCUGGCUGCCCCUCACUGGAGUUGUUGUAGUAGAUGUUUUGCCUGUCAAGUGGGUAUUGAGAGUGAGAUCACUAAGAAUUUAACACUGCGCAACGCAGGCGAUAACAGAAUAAAGUAGUGAUGGCGCCGGUGCGAGUCGAUCUCUCAGUAUGCACUUGCCCCAGCGCGAUCGAUAUCUCAAUGUCUUUUGUCAUAACUGGUCAGGUCUGGGGGAAGCAAAGCGGCAACCUCAUGGCCUUGUCAUCGUUCCCCGGUGGUCCUGCUCGGCUAACGACAUGUGUUGCGACGAUACUGAGUGGGAAUCAUAUCAUAUGUGGUGUUGGGCUAUUGAAGUGGAGGAUAAUAGGCAAAUACGGAUCGGCAUGCGGGACGUAUCGUGCUUGCCAAUAAAGAAAGCUCAGAUUCACGGGAAGUGCAUCCUUAGUGACAUAGCCGCACAAUGCAUACUUACUUCAUGUGAUUGUGCCUCAAUCCGUGGUUCACACCUUCCAAUUCCAAGCCCUGUCCCCUCUUCUGUUUCUUAUCCCUUAAUCAUUGUCGUUGUCAAGGAUCUCGUCCCAUGAUUAUGUUUCUAGCCACGCCACCCCAUGGUCUCGUGACGGGUGUCUUUUUUG